AUGAUUUUUGAUGACCAAACCAAUAAACUCACUGAUACAGCUCCUUAUUUGUUGAAAAGCCAUAAAAGUGGAAAUCCUCACCCCGCCAGUGAGAAUGCUGAUCGGGCACAGAAGCAGGGAGAGCAGGCAGUGUGUGGAGUCCCGCUGGGGGCUGGGCCCCCCAGUCCUGGGUGGACCUCCAGGCUGCUAAGCUCAGGCUUGAGCUUGUGCACCUGCUCAUUCUGCUUCACCACGACCUGUCACAGGCGAUUGCUAAGAGGGCUUUUUCUUAAAAAAAAAAAAAAAGAAUGUUGUCCAAAAUGGUUGUUUGCACAUCCCGUGAAUUUUUCUUCCUUCCAAAUGGAGACUCAUGUUCAUGACUACUAUUUAAAAGGACUUCAUUUAAAGCACAUUUUAUGA